AUGGAGCCUGAAGAGAAGCGGAAGCACAGUCCUGCCUCGACCCAGCGCGCAGAGGAGGAUGACGAGCCAACUGAGGUGAAGCUUGCGAUGCUAUCAUCGCUUCACCCGAAUUUUGAGCAGGAAAUGCUGCUCGAUGUUCUCUUGGCUCACAAUGGCUCCGUCGCCGAGUCUCUAGAGGCACUCGCAACCCCAACCUCUGCCAAGAAACCCAGCGGCGUAAUGGGCGCCCAGAGCUCGUUGAGGAAUUUCGCCACAAAAUCGGUGGAAAAUGGGACUGGCGCAGAAAGCUCCGCGAAGAGGAGGUUACUGUCGAAGAAGGGCACCACGCUGCAUCUCUACGACCCUGACGACAUUGCAGAACACACCCCCUGCUCAGUCAUCCACAACUUUCUCCCGGCCGAAGAGGCCAACGAUCUCCUGCGGGAGCUCUUGCGGGAAGCUGAGACCUUUGAGAAGAACGUCACAUUCAAACUCUUUGACAACGUAGUUGCCAGCCCCCACACCACGAGCUUCUAUGUCGAGAGCUACGACGAGAUUCAGCGGCAAAAGACGGACUACCUGUAUAACGGCGCCAAACUUACCGACAUCCGCCGCAUCACCCCUCAGCUUGUCAAAGUCAAGCCAAAGGUGGCGGAAGCCGUGAACGCGGAAAUACAAAAGAGGAUUGCGACCCGUUACCCCGGGGGCAAGAAGCUGCGGUUCCAGUCUCCCAAACCGUGGGCUCCCAACUCGGCGUUCGUCAACUGCUACGACGGACCGCAGGAGAACGUCGGGUAUCACAGCGACCAGCUGACAUAUCUCGGCCCCCGCGCCGUCAUCGGGUCUCUGUCUCUCGGCGUGGCACGAGAGUUCCGCGUGCGCCGCAUCAUUCCCAAGGAUGGAGAUAGCAACUCGGCCGAGGACCCUGAUGCGGAGGGCCAGAUCUCGAUUCACCUCCCGCAUAACUCAUUGCUGGUCAUGCAUGCCGAGAUGCAAGAGGAAUGGAAGCACAGCAUUGCGCCGGCGCAGUCGAUCGACCCUCACCCUGUCGCUGGAAACAAGCGCAUCAAUAUCACGUACCGCGACUACAAGGCGAACAUGCACCCUCGUUACACGCCAAAGUGCGAUUGCGGCAUCCCCUGCGUGUUAAGGGUCGUCCAGAGGAAGAAGGAAAGCCAUGGGAAGUACUUCUGGAUGUGCCAUGGCGGAAACGCGCCUGGUAAAGAGAGUUGCUCGUUCUUCCAAUGGGGGAAAUUCGACGACGAUGGCAAUCCCAUGUGGACUCACGCGAAACCGAAACCUUCGGCGUGA